AUGCCUCAAUGCAAGCCUUCAAUUGUGGUUGUUCCAGGAGCCUACGCCCUACCUGACCUCUAUGUUCGGGUGACUACAAGACUCGCAAGUUUGGGCUACGAAGUCCACACCAUCAGGCUAUCCAGCGUGGCCCCCAGCGAUGGUCCCCUUCCCGAGCCUGGCACCAUGUACGACGAUGCCGCGGUAAUUGCUCGUGAGAUUAACCAACUGGUGGAGCAAGGAAAGGAGGUUGUUGUGCUGGCGCACUCGUACGGCGGGAUGCCCGCCAGCCAGAGCAUCCAGGGUCUGGUGAAGAGGGAGGGCAGCGAGCACGCUGGUGGGGUGGUACAGCUGGCGUAUAUGACGGCUGUGGUGCCACCCGAGGGCAAGUCGUCUGUGGACGUAUUAGCGAAUGGUCCGAGUAUGGAUAUUUCCGUCGACGAAAAAGGAUGGAUGAGUCUCGUCGAUACCGCGGCUGUCGCAGCCGCAGCCUUCUCCGAUGUGCCCCCCGACGAGGGAAUGACAUGGGCUCAGCAGUUCACACACCAUUCAGCGGCCAGUAUGGCCAAUCCAUUGACGUAUGCCGGAUACAAGGAUGUCCCCGUCGCAUAUCUGCUGUGCACUGAAGACUUGGUCAUUCCGGCAGAAGUGCAGCAGAAGAUGAUUGAUACAAUUGCAAGUGAGGGUGGGCAGGAGGUAGACGUGACAAGAAUUGCCACUGGCCAUGUCCCCGUCACAAGUGCCCCGGAACUCGUGGUGGACUGGAUUCUGAGGAUUUUGAGCCGGGAGGUUAAGUGA